CAUGAGCGUCCCGGGUAGCUUCCGUCUCCCCAAGUUCUGCAGAAAGACGCUGCCUUUCGCCCCCGGGAGCGCGGCGGAAGGGCCGCUAUGAGUAGCAGCCAGCAACGCCCCCGUCUCGAGCAACGCGAUUUACAGGUAGAUAAUGGCAAGCUCCCAAAGAUCUCUUGUGUUCCAAAAUGGAAAGAUAUCACUUUCCAGCCAAUUCCAAAAGAAAGAAAAUUGCCAUUCCUGACACCUGACCAUAAAUUCCUGGAUCAUAAAGGAAAAUUAUUUAAAAGUCAACCGUUUAUGGAUAGCUGGAAAAAUGCAUGUUUAAAGACAAAAAGAAUUAAACAAGCAGAGUAUGUUUCUGCAUAUGACUUGAGUGAUUCCAAUGAAAAUACUGCAAUGGCGUGUCUUUCUCAGAGUAUGGAGAAAUAUCCUACAAUACCAAAUCCCCUUCCUGUUAUACAAAAGACACAAAGUUGUGCUAAACAAUUUCCAAACAGCUCUGAUAGUAAUGAAGAUUCCAGAUUGCCACCUUUAUAUUUGCUUUUUGAAGGCUACUACAAAAGCAGGGGUGACAUUGCCAUGGAAAGCCCAAACAAAAAAGAGGUGCCUCGGAUACCAGCACCUCUGAAGAAUUCUGAACCACACUGUCAAGCUGGAGAGUUGGGUGUUGUGAGGUUGAAAAAACACAAUCAGUGUUCCAGACUGGCUUCAUUUCCAGGAAGGCCCAAGUACAGAACUGAUUACCAAUUUGCUGAUCCUGUCAAUGGAGCCCCAUCUCAGUUCCUUCAGAGGCUUGCUGAUUUAGCUGCUCUUGAAUGCACAACAAUUCAUGAAGAGAAAACCAGAAAAAUAAGGAAGACCAAGAAACAAGAGGCAUAGAUCUCUAUCAUGCAAGGAGCAGGCUCCUUUGCAAUUAGAUGUUUUUGUUUGAUUUCCUUUAACAUAUAGUGUUGUCAGUGAAUCACAGUUAAAGAAAAAAUUGAUGCUUAAUAAAUGUAUUGUCAAU